AUGCAAGUGGCAAACUGCCAGCCGCGCGUCGCGUCGCGCGCGAUCGCGACCGGGUCGGCGCGGCCAACCCUUCCCGGGCGCGCUGCGGUGAUCGCUCGCGCGUCGCAGAAGUCUGAGAAGAAGAACGCGAACGUCGGGUCUGCGAAGGACGGGAAGCAGGAGGUGUUUUUGGGCGUGAAGGGCAACGCUCAGAUGCUGGGCAUGAAGGGGGGCUCGGGCGAGGAGGGCGACGUCGACAUCUGGAAGAUCCGCAUCCAGCUCACCAAGCCCGUGACGUGGAUCCCGCUCAUCUGGGGCGUCCUCUGCGGCGCCGCGGCCUCGGGCGGCUUCGAGUGGACCCCGCGCGACGUGGCACUGGCCGCGCUCACCAUGCUGAUGAGCGGACCGAUGCUCACGGGCUACACGCAGACCAUCAACGACUGGUACGACCGCGAGAUCGACGCCAUCAACGAGCCCUACCGCCCCAUCCCCUCCGGCAAGAUCAGCGAGAACGAGGUCAUCGCCCAGAUCUGGGUCCUGCUGCUGGCUGGGUGCGGCAUCGCCUACACGCUCGACGUGGCGCAGGGCCACGAGUUCCCGACGGUGCUGGUGCUCGCGGUGUUCGGGUCGUUCAUCUCGUACAUCUACUCGGCGCCGCCGCUCAAGCUGAAGCAGUCGGGCUGGGCGGGCAACUACGCGCUGGGCUCGUCGUACAUCGCGCUCCCGUGGUGGGCGGGCCAGACGGUCUUCGGGACGCUCACGCUCGACGUCGCGAUCCUCACGAUCCUCUACUCCAUCGCGGGCCUCGGCAUCGCCAUCGUCAACGACUUCAAGUCCAUCGAGGGCGACCGGCAGAUGGGCCUCAACUCCCUGCCCGUGGCCUUCGGCAUCGACGGCGCCAAGUACAUCUGCGCGGGCACCAUCGACGUCACGCAGCUCGCCGUCGCCGCCUACCUCUGGCUCGGCCUCGAGGAGCCCGUCUACGCCGCGGUGCUCUUCGGCCUCGUGGUCCCGCAGAUCGUGGCGCAGGUCAAGUACCUCCUCCCGGACCCCAUCGCCAACGACGUCAAGUACCAGGCGUCGGCUCAGCCCUUCCUCGUGUUUGGGCUCCUCACCACGGGCCUGGCCAUCGGGCACCACAACAUGAUGUAG